GAUCGAUAAGUCACUGUCAUAUAACCGGCUGUCCCUUUGAGCCAUAACAAUUGGCGACGGGGUAAAAAAAAUACAAUCCAAAGUCAUUCUGUAAUUGGACAAAAUCCAGUCUAAUUAUUCAAUCAAUCAGUAUCCAGUUUGUCAUCAGUGUCCCUGAACGACAUUGGUCAUUAUUCAUACAGUAAUCUUCAUUGCUGGUGCUGAUCCAAAAAAUGACACUCCCUUCCGAUCGAUUGCAGCUGCUCUUUGAACGACAUUUGGAGUUAUUAGUCAAGUUCUGCACGCAGCUGCUAAGUCAGACAUGCUAUGAAGAUGCGACGGAAGUGGAUGGAUUGAUAUCUGAAUUACACAGUGAGCUGGAAAAUGACAACAGCCUCCAUGAAUCCUCGAUUAACUGUACUUCGAACGAAAUGGCAGUCAUCCAUGAUGCCCCCAGUGGUCCAGUACUUUCCAUUUCAGAAACAUGCCCGGUAAUGGAUUCGAACUCCGUUAUCCCCGAAACAGCAUGUGCAGACAGCAACGCAUCCAGCUCACGAGAUCUCAUUGUUUUGCCAGAAAAUGUGUUCCACGCAUCAAAUAAUAACCAAGAACCUGGUACAGUUUUGUUGGACGCCGAUUAUCAUAAUGAUCCACUACUUACUAAAGAUUUAAACCCUGAUGACUUCGAAUUGGAUGGCGUUUAUCCUCAAUAUCUGAUCGAUUUUACUGCAUUCCCUGUGCAAUAUGUUUUAAAGACAAUCAAAUUAAUUGUAAAUUGGAUUUAUGAAGACCCAACAUUAUUUCGAGGGGGAGGAUAAACGCGAGAAAAAUUUAAAAUCCGGACAUCAACUCCGGAUCUCCAAAAAAGGGGAGGAGUGUUGGGGACGAUAGAUCCCCAAACUCAUAUUUUAAAUUUUAUCUUACCGAUCAUCUUAUCGAUUAAAUGUUAGAUAUUUUUAUUGGGGUCAAUUGAUGAACUAUCGAUUAAAUGCGCAAAUAGGUCAAUUAAUGAACUCAUUGAUUAAUGUUUAAAAAUUUUCUAUCGAUUGUAAAUAAUUGUAUAAAUACGCU